AUAUGUCUAUCUCAUUGCAAUUCAGUUUUCUCAUUAUAUACCUUUCAACUUAAAUAAGAAAAUCUCUGUCUAGCUUUCUGUCCUACGUACUCUACAGUUAUGGCUUCGGUACUUCGCACAUCUUCCAGUAUGAUCACGCCCACUGGUCACCCCGUCGUUGUCCCGUCAGUGUUACCAAUUAAAUCUUCUCUUCCCUCUAUCCGCCUGACCCGUCCGUGCAACAAACCGACUUUGCUCAUCUCAUGUUGCUCCUCUGGGUCCAAAAAGGUGGCAACUAGUGCUACUGACCUCAAACCCAUCGUGGAACAGUGGCCGGAGUACAUACCGAACAAGCUCCCAAACAAGAAGUAUGUACGUGUACUCGACACGACACUUCGUGAGGGCGAACAAGCUCCAGGUGGAUCUCUUACUCCACAACAGAAGCUAAAGAUUGCCCGCCAACUCGCCAAACUCCGAGUAGACAUCAUGGAAGUCGGUUUUCCCGGGUCAUCAGAAGAAGAGUUUGAAACCGUUAAAGCCAUCGCCAAGACCGUGGGGAAUGAGGUGGAUGUGGAAACAGGUUAUGUCCCGGUGAUAUCCACCCUUGCACGAAGCAAACAUAGAGACAUCGAGGUCGCUUGGAAUGCGGUGAAGUACGCAAAGAGGCCGAGGAUAUGCAUAUUCACAUCUACGAGUGACAUUCACAUGAAAUAUAAGUUGAAAAAGACUCAAGAAGAAGUGAUCAAUAUGUCCUUAAGUAGUAUUAGGUUCGCAAAAAGCUUAGGCUUCCAUGACAUCCAAUUUGGUUGUGAAGACGGUUGCAGGUCGGAGAAGAACUUUAUAUGUAAGAUUCUAGGAGAAGCGAUCAAAGCGGGUGCUACCUCGGUGUGCAUCGCGGACACUGUAGGGAUCACAAUUCCGCACGAAUUCGGAGAACUCGUGACCUAUGUGAAAGCAAACACUCCUGGAAUUGAUGAUGUUAUCUUAAGCGUUCACUGCCACAAUGACCUUGGUCUUGCAACGGCCAACACAAUCGCGGCUGUAUGUGCCGGAGUCAGACAAUUCGAAGUAACGAUCAAUGGAAUAGGUGAAAGAAGUGGGAAUGCGUCGCUUGAAGAGGUCGUGAUGGCUUUGAAGUGUCGAGGAGAAUAUCUGAUGGAUGGUGUUUACACAAAUAUAAACACACGCCAAAUUAUGGCUACUAGCAAGAUGGUUCAAGAGUAUACUGGCUUGUAUGCUCAACCACAUAAACCCAUAGUUGGAGACAACUGUUUUGUUCAUGAGAGUGGCAUUCACCAGGAUGGAAUGUUGAAAAAUCGAAGUACAUAUGAGAUCUUAUCACCAGAAGAUAUUGGGAUCGUAAAAUCUCUUAAGUCUGGACUUGUUCUUGGAAAGCUUAGUGGACGUCAUGCUGUAAAAGACCGGUUGAAAGAGUUGGGAUACGAAAUCAAUGAUGAGCAAUUGAAAGACAUCUUCUCACGAUUCAGAGAUUUAACCAAGCAGAAAAAGAGAAUCACGGACGCUGAUCUGAAGGCAUUAGUGGUGAACGGUGAUGAAGUCUCAAUAAAGAAAUUAAACAGUAAUGGAAUUAACAAACUCAUGUCAAGCCCUCAGAUUCCCAUGUUGGUAUAAGUUUUUGAAGAGAACGUCGUGUAUUUUCGUACGUACUACAAUCUAGUUUUAAUUGAUAUGCAUAUGUCUUGUUGUUGUAAUGAAUUAUGUGUGCUCUCUUUCAAACCAUUUGACGAAAAAUAUUUCAAGGUUUUGGCUUCUUCCUAUCUCCGUGUUGGGAAAAACUUUUGAUUCCACUGACCUAUCCAAGGAAUACGUUUCCCCUA